AGUAAAGGCACCCCCUGAGUUUGUGUCCGUUUUGUCGUGACAAGGGCGUGGUUGUUGGCGAUCCUCGCAUCUGUCAUUUAACGAUCAAGACUUGGGUCUUGCCCCAGAGACCCCUGGGACAACUCAGGACCUAAGCAACUAUGAACUUGGAGCGAGUGUCCAACGAGGAGAAGUUGAACCUGUGUCGGAAGUACUACCUGGGUGGGUUUGCUUUCCUGCCUUUCCUCUGGUUGGUCAACAUCUUCUGGUUCUUCCGAGAGGCCUUCCUUGCCCCCGCUUACACGGAGCAGAGCCAAAUCAAGGGCUAUGUCUGGCGGUCAGCUGUGGGCUUCCUCUUCUGGGUAAUUGUGCUCACCACCUGGAUCACCAUCUUCCAGAUCUACCGACCCCGUUGGGGUGCCCUCGGAGACUACCUCUCCUUCACCAUACCUCUGGGCACGCCCUGACACCUCCUGCACAGAC